AUGUCAGUCAGCUGCAGCGUGUCCGAACAAGGUCCCAAGAACUACCCCAAUACGCCUCUUGGCCGUCCAGCCCCUGCCCUGGACAAUUGUGCAGCAACAAAGCAACAAAGCAACUGUGGCUUUUUGUGGCAGAGUGCAGGGAAAUACUUGGCUAUGCCCCUGCCUUGCCAGCAUCAGUACCAGUCACGGCGCGGCCACCUGGCUCUCGUGGAUGUCGACCUCAAUCCUGCCCGAACGACAACCGCAACCAACUCUGACCAUCCUUCCUGCCACGUCGAAAUGUCCGACAGUGACGCCUCAGAAUUCGACGCUGAAUGUCGUGUUGGUGGCGCUCCCCUGGCGUUGGGGGCCUUGACCCGAGCCCACCAAGCCACCAUCAUGCCCACACCCGAUCCCGAUCCAGAAUAUCUAGCCCAUGCAGACCAGGAAGAGUACGACGACAGCGAUGAUGAAUAUGACGACCAAGAUGAAGACAGUGACGACGACAUGCAGCCUCCACACAAUCACAUUGGCACCGGGCCACCCAUGGCUGCGCCCUUGCUCCCGCAUUUCGACACUUCGUGGAUCCUGCAAUACUCCACUGCCCAUAUGGGUGUUGACCAGCCACCGAUGCCAGUCCAACCAAUGACUUUCAGUAUGCCUGCUGGCCCUACCGACCUUGCCAACUUGCCGCCGCUCCCGCAACCACCACCUAACUGGGUCCCUUUACCGGCAUUUAUCACCGACCAGACUCUGGCCAUUAGCAAUGCCAUUCCUAGUAUACUCGGAUCCGAAAACCUUGACUUGGGGGAUUUUCUGCGUGACUGGGCCUAUCAAGGCCGCUAUGGUCGUGCUGGACUCUCGCAACCCCCUGCCCUCGAAGAACUCAUGCGCCAAACCCAAGAGCAGCCUGAAGAGGUCGAAUUUGCCCAGCUCAAAGGCGAUGAGUACGACUUGCAAGGUCUAAACUGGAACUCCAUGGAAACUACACGCAAGGCUGCCCGAUUGCGACGGCAAUAUACCUAUAGAAAUUAUGUCAACAGAAUGGGCUCCGACAAAUGGAUGGCACCGCACGAACCGCUCUCUUCUCGCGAGAGCUUCUACAGAUUCAAGAGAAUGAACAUUCGCAAAGACGUCUGCCUCGCUCACUUUCAACUUCGCAGUGUUCUCGCCUGCCCAACCCGCACCCAUGCCUAUUAUCCAACACCACAGGGUAUUGCACGAAUGAACCUGGCAUCAAGGAAAUCCGAAGUCUUCAUGAACACUCGCGACUUCCCGGCUGCCGGAGCUGUCAUUUCGACCGUUGAUGCCGAUUGCGGCGUCCUAAUGUGUGGCACCUUUAAUGGCGAGUAUUACAUCAAGAGCCUUGAUGCUCCCGAAAAGCAAGAUUAUACAGAGGGUCAAAUCACUUCCGAUCCUGGCGGCAUCACCAAUCACAUCAAAAUUCACAAACCACGACGUUCUUGUGGGCCUGCGGCUGCCAUCGCGAGCAACGACCACGGUUUCCGACUGCUUGACCUGGAGACACAAAAAAUCGUGCAGGAAACGAAGUAUCCGUUUGCCCUCAACUGCACAGCUGUAUCCCCCGAUAGACGACUACGAACUGUGGUGGGCGAUCAUUUCAAUGUUCUGAUCACGAAUGCCGACACGGGCGAGGUGUUGCAGGAACUUGGUGGCCACCGCGACUACGGCUUCGCCUGCGACUGGUCUGACGACGGCUGGACCGUGGCCACAGGCUUCCAAGACAUGGCCGUCAAGAUCUGGGACGCCAGGCGCUGGUGCAACUCAAGCGGCGUCUCGACGCCGCUGUGUACAGUCCGCACCAAGAUGGCGGGGGCUCGUAGCCUGCGCUUCUCUCCUCUCGGGAGCGGUCCACCUGUGCUGGUUGCGGCCGAGGAGGCUGAUUUCAUCAACGUCAUCGACGCCAAGAUGUUUCACUACAAGCAGGAGAUUGACAUCUUUGGCGAGAUUGGCGGCAUUGCGUUUGCCAAUGAUGGCCAGGACCUCAACGUACUGUGCUGCGACACGCAGCGUGGUGGCCUCUUACAGCUGCAGCGCUGCCGUGGCCGACGCAACUUCAUGCGUACCUAUGACGAAGAAUCCAUGGCGAACCGCCACUCGUGGCUUCCAGACACCGACACGACACCCGCCAUGCACAAAAUUCCUCCAUUAUUUUGA